GUAGGGGGCAAGGCAGGAGAGAGAGAGGCUCACCGCGGCCUCCAGUCAGGAACUUGCCCGACACUCACGGCCAGUCUCGGGGGCGGAGAGGAACCCAGCGGCGAAGUCGGACUGUUUGAUGUGGAUCAGUCCCCGACAUUGCGGCCGUUACAAACUUUUUUUGGCCGGUUGCGUGCGUGUUGUUGCUUUUAUGCAACUGGUUCACGUGAACAAACCCUCAAGGUUAAUCUUCUUUCCCCGGAGGUGACCCAACCUGCGUGUAAUCAAACUGUGUCUUUGCCGUCUUCUCCAGUUUCUAUCUGUGAGCCGUUUAAUCAGUUUGACACACGAGGCGAGGUUCGUACCUGCGCUGCGUUGUUUCAGGUGCGACACACGCACGACACGUUCACAGACCUGCACCCGACAGAGGGUGAGUGCCUGCCACAGAGGACAGUCGGUCCUACAGUGGUGUCGCAAGGUGGUUCCCCGCUUGUCCUCACCUGGUGUUACCUGGUGGUGUUACUGGUGUUACCUGGUGGUGUUACUGGUGUUACCUGGUGCCGCUAGGUGCCCUGGGACAAGGUGCCGGGCGCUCGCCAGUCUCACCGCUCAGAAGCCGACGAUCGUCGUGAUUCUCUGAACUCAACCUGUGGACGUGUACCCGAGUGCUUGAGGUAUCGACCAUGUUACACUGGAAUAUUCUCGUCGUCUUCGCCAUUGUGACGAUCGCCCUUCAGGUGUCGGGCCUUUCCGAGAACAGCAUUCACGGGCAUCGCUAUCGACGGGCCGACGCCGACGACGAUGCAAGCUCAAGUGCAGGGGCAGAGGGAGACGAGCCGCACGACAAGACAGAGAGCGAGAAGACAGCAGCGGAUAGUCAGACAUCAGACGAUCAUCCGGUGUCGCCGGAUGAGAAUGAAGAACCGUCAAAUCAUCAUCCAGAGUCAUCCGACGAUCCCGCAGAACCAUCCGAAAGUCACUCAGAGCCCUCCAGUGAUCAUCCACAGCCAGUAGCUGAUGAUGCAGACUCAUCCAAAGAAAAUCCUGCACCAUCAGACGGUGAUGCAGGGAAAUCAGAUGAUCACCCAGCAUCAUCUGAUGAUCAUGCUGCACCAUCAAACGGAGAUGAAGAGCAAGCCGGGGACCACGCAGAGCCAUCAAAUGGUCAUCCAGCACCAGCAGAUGGUGAUGAAGAGAAAUCAGAUGAUCACCCAGCAUCAUCUGAUGAUCAUGCUGCACCAUCAAACGGAGAUGAAGAGCAAGCCGGCGACCACGCAGAGCCAUCAAAUGGUCAUCCAGCACCAGCAGAUGGUGAUGAAGAGAAAUCAGAUGAUCACCCAGCUUCAUCAGAUGGUGAUGCAGAGAAAUCAGACGAUCACCCAGCACCAUCAGAUGGUGAUGCAGAUCAACCUGAUCAACCAGCACCAUCAGAUGAUCACCCAGCAUCAUCAGAUGAGGAUGCAGAGAAAUCAGACGAUCACCCAGCACCAUCAGAUGGUGAUGAAGAGAAAUCAGACGAUCACCCAGCACCAUCAGAUGGUGAUGCAGAUCAACCUGAUCAACCAGCACCAUCAGACGAUCACCCAGCAUCAUCAGAUGGUGAUGCAGAGAAAUCAGAUGAUCACCCAGCAUCAUCAGAUGAUGAUGCAGAGAAAUCAGACGAUCACCCAGCACCAUCAGAUGGUGAUGAAGAGAAAUCAGACGAUCACCCAGCACCAUCAGAUGGUGAUGCAGAUCAACCUGAUCAACCAGCACCAUCAGACGACCAUCCAGCACCAUCAGAUGAUAGUGAACCGGAGCAAUCCGACGAUCACCCAGCUCCCUCAAGUGAACACCAUGAGCCAACAAACCAUCAGCCAGAACCAUCAGAUGAUCCUCCACAGCAGUCAGACGAUAAUCCGGCUCCAUCAGAUGAUCAUCUAGAGGCAUCCGAGAAUCACUCCGAGUCAUCAGAUGCAAAAUCAUCCGACAAGGACCCCGUGUCAUCGGAUAAUCACCCCGAGCCCCCGAAAAGUCCUCAAGAGCCUUCUGAAGAGAAUCCAGACUCGGCUGAAAGCAGCGGGGAGGUGGCUGCGGAGAAUGACAAACACCCGGAUGAACUGUUGACGGUCAUCGAGGACGCACUGAAGUCACACGCCGACUCCCCAAAAGAAGGAGACGACCAGGGAUCCCCACCAGCGACCGCAGCGCCAGACACCGAAGCAUCUGAAGACGACGCUGCAGACGAGGACAAAGAAGAAACUUCUGAGAACGAUGUGGAUCAUGUCUUAACGGAAGACAAGAAAGAGAAAGACGAGACCCCUGAGUCGCCCACAGAAGAAGAGAAGCCGGCGAAGGAAUCAACGGAGACUUCUGAUGAUGCUGAUGACGCUUCCCAAGAUGAAGAGGCAGACGAUGAGAGCCCAGCAAGCACCCCACCUCCAUCGUCGUCAGACGGAGAAGCCGAGAGUGACGCAGGGGAGAGUGAGAAGGAAGAAUCGGUGGUUGUGCCACUUCCCAGCCAUGUUGAAGAUGAUGCAGCAGACAAGGAGGAGCACUCAACUCCUUCACCCGAGGCUUCAAGCGAGCCAAGAUCUGAGGACGAUGGGGAGAAGUCAGCUCUUAUACCUGAAGGGGAAGCAGGCGAAGAAAGCAGCGAAGAUGCUGGCGUUGAGUCUGAACAGGAAGAAGAAACUUCAACUGCCAGCCCCGAAGAUCCUGAAGAUGAAGCUGCCAAGGAAGAGGUGAUAGACCCUGACGUUGCAGACAUGCUGAAUGCAGGGUCCAGUAAGGCAUCUGAUGACAGCAAUACGGAGGACCUGCCCACAGGGUCUGAAGGGCUCGUGCUGGGGAGCGUUACUGAAGAAACUGAAGACGAGGUGGUUACUAGUCCCGCGCCGACACCUGGCGAGGACGGUUCUGUUGCUGAUUCUGACGAUGAUAAAGGAGAGAAUGGAAAACCAAAGUCCGAAGAGGAAGACGAUGGAGAAGUAGUCACCGAGUCACCCUCGGCAGAUGACGACAACAAAGGCGACCUGCUGGUCCUUUCUGAGGAUAAAAGCGAGGAAGAUUCUGACGAUGAAAAACCCACGGCCGAUGACGAAAUAACGACCGAAACACCACAAGACGGUAACGGAGAGGAAAGUGAUGGUAGCCUGGUUUUACCGGUCGUUACUGGUUCUGGGGACGCCGAGCCUGGGAACGAGACAGCUGAAGAAAGCACACCCUCAGCCCACAGUUCUACCCUCGCGCCGGAAGGAGAGGAUACGGUGGCUGAAGGUGAGGGUCACGACACGUCACACGACGCCGCAGAAACGGCGCCGCCACCGGGAGGAAACGACACAGAAACAGCAGUAGUGGCCCCUGUUGUUCCGGAACCAGGGGUCGAUGAGCUAGGCGAGGAGAAGAACACCACUGACGACUCGGUGACGACAGGUUCAGAGGACGUGGCUUCAUCUCUCGAUGGCAGCGGUGACGAGGAGUCGAGCGUUCCUCCGGCGAUGGAAGAAACGGACGACGUGGGUAACAACACGCUUGCUGGUGAUGACACAGAAAACGUGGACGUCAACGUGGAGCACCUGCCAGGUGAAGGAACUAGCACUGCCGCCACGUCAGCAGACACGACACUAGCUAUCUUGAGCGGUGAGGAGAGCAGGAAUGAAACGGACAGCGAUCCCAUCGUCGACGUUGGACCUGGCGUGGAUGAUGCCAGCGGCACCGAACUUUCGCCACCAGAGUCCACUACGGCACUUCCUGCUGACGACGGCAAAAACGAGACUGCCGUGGGUGAGGGUGGAGCUUCUAUUGGCUCAGAGGAUGACGACGGCUCCGGUGAUGUAACCGUCGACAUAGUCGACACCACGACGGUCGCAGCGGACCCAGAGAAGAACGAAACCGUCGAGGCUGGGGUUGUUGUCGGCGUCGACGAUGUGUUGGGUGAGGAGUCAACCCCAGCAGCUGCUUCCCCUUCCACGAUCCCACCAGAGACAACGUCGACAGCCGAAGUAGAGGAGCCCGGUGUCGUGGAUGUCGCUAUUCCACAUGAUGGCGAUGAGCAGGAAGACAAGACAGAGACAACUCCGCUGGAGGAACUCGAGUCCUCCACCCCCUCCACUUCUGAUGUCAUCGACCUGGAACCCGCCAACGUCUCAGGUAUCGUGGUGGAUGGCGGGAAAGAAGCUGGAGACAACGAGACGUCUGGUGAAAAGGAUGACGACAAAACGGAAGACAUCGAUGUUUCCGUCGACGAGGAGGAGGCUGACAACACUAACAGAUCUCGUCACGGCUUGCGGCGAGGUCCGGGUGUGUCCAUCACAGUGGAAGAGAGCGAGGACAACCAGAGCGGCACCAAAGUUCAGUCGGUGCACCAGAAGGAAUCGGAGGCCAAUGAUGCUGACAAACAACGGACGGCCAUCAUUGUGGGUGUCACCAUUGGAGGCAUCGCUCUCUUCGCCAUCGGCUUCCUGGCCUCUCGCUACUGCAAGAAGCGGGGUGGCUUCAAGAUCAUGAAAAAAGUGCCCCAGGACGUUGGUAACGGUAACUCAGAAGCCAUCGAGUUCCGCCCCGUGCAGUCUGGUGCGGGCAUCUAUGACGAGGUGGACGAGGUCAGGCGGACCAACAACAAGCCCAUCUACCGCCGGCCGCCACCCAAGGCCACGUACACCCCACUGACAACGUCCUACACCCCGCUGACCACCAGCGCAGCACCCAACGAUGACGUGUACGCUGUACCGGACAAAAAGAAACCCGUACAGGGGGAGGAGCCACAAGAUUCAUACAUAAACGGCAUCGAUAAAAUCCGAUUCAUGGACGAGACGACAGACGAUGAAGCAGACGCCACCCCAAAGGACCGACUGCUGCAGCCGCGGCCUCGCGAGGAAGACGUGCAGGAAGAAGAGGAAGAGUUCUUUUCCACGCCGGAAGCGGAAGUGGAAGAGGACGUAAAACAGUCAUCGGAAUCGACUUUAUCCGGCGAUAGCCCCACGUCGUUCACAACAGCAGUCAUGAUGAAUUUGGACAAGAGAGUGGUUUCGGAAGAUGGCGCCGAGGUCGAAGGUCCUGGUCACAAUCAAAGUUAGUUCGCCGCUCUGUCUGCAGCUGUAAGAUUGUUUUUGGUAAAAAGAUGGUAAAGGAAAGAAGGAGGUUGGCAAAGGUGACUCCGCCUGUCAUUCUCUCUGGUGGCGUUUGCGUCAAGUGGUUGUCGUAGCAAUUCAGCUCGUCAAGAUGUUGUUUUUUUUCCUUCUGAUUCUUUCUCUGCAAACUCUUGAGUGUGGCUUUAAAUCAGUUUUGAUCUUUCAAGGUUCACACAAGUGCCUGAAAAAUGAAAAAAAACUACUAAGCGUGCCUUCUUUUCUCAUCCUGUGUAUAAAGACUUCAGGUCAUGUAGCUUAAUUCAUGAAAUUAGAAGCAACAGAUAAGAUUUUUGGUAAACAAACUUGGGAUCUUGGCUUCCAAGAGUUUUGAUAUAUGUCUUUAAUAUUCGUGGUAUCAUUCGUCUCCUAAUAUAGAUGCAUGGAAAUCACAUUUCUUAUUCUUGUAGAAAAAAGACACUUUUGUGUCUUUGUGUCGCAUCACCGUAGUACCACAGAAUGUUGAUGGUUAGCAACAUUUCUUGUGCAAAACUCUUGGAAGGUCAGGAUCCUUGCAGUCUGUGACUGAAUCACCGACUAACUGCUGUUCAUGCUAGUCACUUUUUUUUAAAUGUAGACACCCGACUAGUCAAACUUGGCGAGUAACAAGACCAACACCACUCCAUGGCCACGUAAGCACCUGAGCGUCGUUUCAGACGCAAACAAUUUAAUUUAUACGAUUUUCACUAAACAGGCUUUUCAACAUGUGUUGUUACUGAUAUCAAACAAGUGCUUGAUUGUGCGCCUGCAAACGCAUGUAUAUAAUGCGCGGACACAUGCAUGUGUGUGCGGGUGUGCGUGCGUGAUUUUGUGUGCACGCGCGCGAAAAUGUGUUCUUUGAUAAACUUGUCUGACUGAACAAAUGUUGAUCACUUCCAAUUUUUUUUCCAAAUCAUGAAAUAUUGCAAGCUAAUGAGAUAAUCAAGUCCCUUUCCCAAAGUAAGAUCCUAAUGGAGGGAGGAUAUGGUGUACAUCAAUGAUUGUUUGGGAAUCCUGUGUUUGUCCUGCUGUACACGUGAUGAACUGCCCUCAUGAUUGCUCGGCGGUUGGUGUCGGGUCUGUUGUUCAUACUUUAGUUUCAUGUACAUGCCAUUUGCUGCUUCUACCGAUGCUUUCUCCUAAUGUGCUGUUGGAACAUUUUACACCACUGGAUUUGUCAGAAAAGAGUUUUUCAAUCUAAGAGAUUUUUUUUCUUACUAAUUUGUUGCAAAGUUCUUAUCUAUCGUUGAUCUGGUUGGCUGCAUUUGAAAUUUUAAACCAUGGUUACUUUUUUUUCAUUAUGGAUCGUUUCUUUUGACCAAAGAUUGUGUAAAUGACUUGUGGUCUUCAUUUGUUCAUAACUAUACAAAUGUUUGCCUAAUGCUUGUUGUCACAUAAAGAGUGAGACUGUUUACAUAGUGUAAGGACUGAAUGAUGUGUGUCUUGCCCUCGCUUGUUGGCUUUCUCCUCGUGACAUGAUCUUGGGGGAGUUCCAAGAGCAGUUCUUGUGUUUUUUCCACUCGUAAAUAUCUGUAAUACCAUUCAAUCUAUGAAAUCUCUUUGUGCGUGGAAAUAAUGAUAGGACUGCUGAUACAAACAAGUGCAGGACACAAGCACAUCUGAUCAGCUUCAACAGUUGCUGACCGAAGGCUGCUGCGUGUGGAAACGACAACAACACCAUGUUGGUGUGGUUGUGAAAGUGAUUAUCGUCGCCAAGCGCAUGACAAAGUGUGUUGUUAACUUUACUACAUUUCUAGCGAGAAUUUUCACAACACUUUCAGCAUUUGCCAUACUUUUUUUUUUCUUUUACAAACUUACAUUGGUUCAUGAGUCAGGCUUUUAUUUUUUUCCUCAAAUAUGCAGACAGUAAAUAUUGACAAAUAUUCGGAAUAGUUCUGGUUUUUUGUUUGUUUGUUUGUUUGUUUGUUUGUUUUUUGUUUGUUUGUUUGUUUGUUUUGUUUUGUUUUAUGCACUGUUAUUUGUCUCCUACACAAGUAUAAAUACACAACUGUAACUGUCGAUUCUGUCUUUCGAUGAUGAAAGCCUCAACAAUUAAAACAAUGAGGCAAGAUUGAGAUCAUUGUUCUCACUCGCUUUUCAAAAGCAGUGUAUGUCUCUGACAUUUGUGUGUGUGACUGAAACAUCAAAGACAAUGAACUGGUUGUGUUGACAUUUUCUGUAAUGGAGGAGGAGACAGCCAGACCUCAGUCGUGCCAUACUUGAUUGAGUUCACACUGUAUCGGAAGCUGAGUCACGUGACGUUGACCUGCUGUGUACUUUGAUGUCAACAGCUCCAUGGACGAUGGACUGCAGAUGCAUGCAAGUGAUGAUUGUUGCAGGUGUUCAUUGACUGUAUUUAUUUGUAAGUUGCCAUGCUUUAUUACUUUAACUAAUAUUGCACAUUCAUGUGUUGGCAAAAUGGAUUAUUCCUGCGUGAUACCUGUUAUUAUGAUUGCGUGUGUAUACAUACGUAUGUGUACAAAACUUCAUGUUUGUACCUGUACUUAUCUGCUCAGUUAUGUGUGUGUGAGUGCAUGCAGGCACAGGUCACAGGUCGAGAUGUAGUCAAACUACAUUGAAACAAAAUGACACGUUUCUUCACGGCGCUGAACCUUUUGCAUUAUAUUUAACCAGUGAUGCUUACUUACACUACACUGUCGGAAUUAUCACCAGAUACAGGACAAACAGCCAUUUCCUUUCAAUAAUUCAAUUUUCUUAAGCAGCAUGUAAUAUUCGAUGUCUGAAUUUCGAAAGUUUGUGUAAACUGGCCUCCCUUAAUUUGUUAAAUUAUCUUUCAUUUUAAUGUUUUUGGAUUUUAUUCUUGCCUCUCCUCCCAUCCCAUGUCAUUCUGUUUAAAGCUGAAUGUUAUUUUUAUACUUGAUUUUGACCAGCAUUAUGAUGUACAUACGGCAUGGAGUAUUUUUAUGUGAACUUUGUGAUUUCUUCACAUUGUGACAAUGCGAUUGGUUGUCGACACUACAUCGCCUCUGACGAGGCUAGAUGUCGCUUUCGAUGUGAACACCGUUGUUUAACAUUACAGCUUUAUUAUCUACUUUCUGUCUGCACUUAGUUUGGGCGACUGAGACUUUUUUCUUUGCAAUUUUCAUAUCCAGGAGAAGCUUUGGAGCAGCUGAUAUGCUUUGUAUCGUGUAGAAGUCUGCUUUUCUUCAUCAUAGGGUGGCGCUGUGAUGUACUUUGUAUUCGGAACCAGAUUUGCCUUGUCGGGAGAAAUUGGGAUUGUUGUUGUUGAUGUUGUCGUGUGUGUGUGUGUGCGUGCGACGUUGAUCCUUUGUUUUCAUUAGCUCUUAGUUCACAGAAAGCUUGAGGACGGCGCAACCAAAGAAAUCUAGUCAUGUUCUUCAAAUAAGGAAUCAUCAGCGGACAAUAAUAAAACCCUGACAAUACAUCCACCCUGAUGUUAGUCGGAGUUUCUGUACUCUAACGACACCUUCUAACCUUGUCAUACCUUCGUUGCUCAAGUAAGACUCCAAUGUUCCAAACACAAGCAUAAAACAGGACAUAACUUGUCUUUGCAGACCUAGUUCCCAUGGAAAUAUUUUUUUAGUUCAUCUCUUUUCUUCUGUUUAAAAUAUGUAACAAAGCGAAUGUAUUAACACUAAACCAAAGUGUUCCAUUUCUGACAUUUUUCUAUAAAAUCUUUUUACACACCAGAAAGUGUUGUAGUGUCUUAAUGAGACAUUUGAUAUGUAUGUACAUUCACAUGAUUAUAUAUAAAUUCAAAAUUUGACCAUUGCCUGUCCUUCUUGGAAGACACUGAGGUAUGUCAAAGGGCGGUCUGUUUAGAUAACAGAAAAAGCACGAGUGGAAUAUUUUUGGAUCACCUUUACACAGAGUUCAAUCCAGACUGCUAUAAGUUAUCAAACUACCUACUCCGAUUUUCGUAUUUAAACAAAAUGUGGGUUCAACCUGUAGCAAGAAACACUUCAAACUAGUUUUUGCUAAACACGAGUCUGAAUGGAGCCAGGCACACCUACCCUGUCAUUUUCUUCAUUUUUCUGAGGUGUUCACUACACCUACCCUCUGAUAAACAUUGUGUAUAUAUAUAUAUAGAGUUCAUCUGAUGACCUUUGCACUUGCCUGUCACGUGACAAGGACCCUGUGUCUUGUUGCUCUCGGCAUGAUGCAUUACUGUGCAGUGUGGAUGGUGGGACCGAAAGCCUGUAGCUUUGACAUGACUGUGUAAGAUAACGUUGUACUACGUCACGUUACUGAAACUACGUGGUCAGUGCCUUUCAGUCAAUAAACGUUUGGGACGAUCGCA